UCUGUGCAGAAUCUUCUUUCCCGCGGACUACUGAGUUGUUGCUGAUGGUGAAAAGGACUAUGAGAGGGUUAUACACUGAGUCAACAUGAGAUUGCGUGAAGAGAAUUCUACAGCAUCAUGCGGUUGUAGUCAUGGGUAGAGGAAGAUUAUCUUUUUCUUUCAUCUUGGUGCUCUUUUUCGGUGCUUUUCUUUAUUUACAGCCUUUUGCAUACUGCAAAGAAUUCCGUCGAGAAGCUACCUGUUACAGUGAUGUUCUUCACCUGGACUGUGGUAAACUUAGCUUUAUAGCCAUUCAUGAAGCCUACUUUACAACAGACCACCACGAGAAUCAAACCUGCCACUCACCAGUACCUGAACACGAAUACAUAGAAGACGAGGACACGGAUUCCUCGAACUAUUCCUCCUGUCACGAGGAUAUAAGGAUAUCUCUGAACAGAAGAUGCUCAGGAUUCAAAACUUGCAACUACAGUUACUCUCAGCAGCUAGAUAAACACUGCUUCAAUCCUGAAGGCUUGUUUGUAGUGCACUACGAUUGUGUUAGAGAUGCAAACGUGAAUAAGUUCUGCAACUCCAAAAUAACUUCCGGAGAAGGUUACAUCGCCUCUCCUGGAUAUCCUCAAUACUAUCCCAAGCUUCGCGAAUGCAGUUGGACAGUAUCGGCAGCAGAUGGCCAGACCAUCUUCUUGAAGGUCUUGCACCUCCACCUGCGUGAAGCCUCUGAUGUCACUCCCACGCUAUCUGAUCCGGAUGCUUUCUAUGCAAUGAAUAUCCAGCAUAUGACCGAUAUGAUGUUCCGUUGUGACGACGACAGUUUGACAGUCAUGGAAGGCACAGCCAAGAGGUUCUCGGUUUGUGGAGAGGAAGUAGAGGCUCUGCAGAGUGCGGAGGUAGAUGCCAGCAACGGAAUGGAACUCAGAUUCAAAACCGUGGCCUUUCUACCUGCCAGCGGGUUUCUUGCUUAUUAUAAAGUUCAGGGCUGUCCAACUUUAGCUGCUCGAGAAGGUAGCUACCUCGUAGAGCGAAACGGCAGUGCAGCUAUCUAUGCUUGCGACAACAAUCGGGUCUUCAAUGACACACAAGAAAGCAUGCGCUUCCUACAAUGUGUAAGAGACCACCACUGGAAUGAUACUCUGCCUUCUUGUACAGUUAUGGAAGAGACGACGACAACCACAACAACGGCUUUUCCAAAUCCCAGUACUCAGAAAGAUGUUCAGAAUAUUACAACUGCUGUAGCCACAAAUGAGACAUUCAUUCUGGCUGCUUGGGACAAAAAUGCAAGUUUGGUGGAAGAUAUCAUAGUACCAUGUGUAUUAGUAGGUGUUCUAAUCUUCGGAAAUAUUAUAAUUCUCGUUGUUAUUUUCAUAAUCAGAAAGAAACAAAAAAUUCAUGAUGAUGAGUUUGAAGACCUGAGUGAGCAACCUAAACCACAACAACCUUCCCACGCUGUAGAAGAAGAAACAAAUGAAUAGUGAAUUAAGUGGUUUACGUCGUACAAUUCUGCCAAAUACCUGUUCAAAAUGCUCUGCGAUACUUUAUAACUUAUUCAUGUAAAAGAUGUUUUAAGAGAAUAGUGACACUAACUUAUUGUGAAAAGUGAUGUAUGUUAUAUAUGUGUGAAAAAAAAACUAUAAAUGUACUGAGUUUUUGUGUAAAGUAGUCUACACUCAAACAUUUUUGAGUCACUGUACGUGUUUUGUGAUAUUGAUUCUAUUUGAUGUUGGCAUUUAAAAACUUCAAUUUCUACACUUUGUACUAGUGAAAUGCAGCUUUGUUUUGAAACUAAAAUACUGAAGCGUCUAUUUUUAGUGUUUUCUAAGAUAAAAAAGAAAUUUACCCUAUAAUUUGCCAUAAAGUUACAUGGUUUCAUUGUGUAUAUUUCAUCGAUUCAUUGUUCAAAUCAAAAAGGGGCCCAAAGGACUUAACGCAUUUUCACAUUGACUUCUCUUUAAAAAACCCAAUGUGAUUCAUUGCUAAGUACUGCCAUGUUCCUUUAUUUCCUACAGUUUGUUUAUGGAGAGUAUUUAUAACGCCUUCAUGUUGCACAUUUUGCGUUGCAGCGAUAUUCAUUUUGGAAAUGUUAUGUAGCAAGUAGUAUUUUUUAAGCAGUUUGAUAAAAUUCUAUAAAUUAGUUUAAAAGCGUAUUUAUUACACCUUUUGUCAACCUUUGGUUGUCCGAUUAGCUACUUUCUUGUUCAAAAUUAGAUAAUGGGUUUCAAAAAAGCCAAUCAAUUCUGAAAAUUUUCUAAAGCAUCAUUGGUCUUUCAUUGCACAUUAAGUCCAAGUUAAAUUAUAUCAUUGGCUAUUACAUCAUUUAAUUGUAAAAUAUAGUCGAGGAAAGUUGGUCAUUUUUUUCCUAUAAGUAGCAAAUGAUAACCAUUGUUUCUAGUAUAUCUUGCAGGUGAGUUAAAUUUUUUUUCUAAAACUAAAAGAAAGCAAAUAUUACAGAAAUUUCUAUUCAUUUAAAAAACUCAUUAUAAAGGAAAAUUGUACAUGGCAUCCCACAUUGUCAUUUUCAAUCGAAGCAAUUACAUGAUAUUGUUGUUAAAUUUGAGAUACGGCAACUGCAUGUACAUUAAAAAUAAUGAAUACCUAUCUAUAAUAUAUUUGAAAUUUUUUAAUGUGGGAGAGGAAAGCAAAUCGAACAACUAACAUUAGACGAAAGAAGUACUUCUUUUAUACUCAAGGAGAGAAUAUGCUGUUAUCUUUUAAACUUGUUUAUCUAAGUUCAUGUGAGAAAUGAAUAAUGUCCUAACUUAAAAUCUACAAAAAAAGAAAUGUCCUAAAAAACUAUAUUUUAUGAAAUAUUUUAGAAAAAGAUUUAUUUUCACAUCACAUCAAAAAAAUUAUUAAUAUUGAAAUUUUGACCAAAGUAUCUUCUUGCAAUUUGUAUGUCAUAUUUAAAUACAAAGAUCAAAUAUAAUUUGAAGCAAGCAAGCUGAAUAAUUAUAAGAUGCUUAAAAUCCAUGUCAGCAACAUUGCUUAUUCAUUAAAAAUAUAAGUUCAUUAAUUAUACAUGUUUCAAAUUAUUUUAGCAUCAGAUAUAACUGAUUUGUAUUGUCAUAACUGUAUUCAACAUUUUUGCACUUGUGUAAAGCUUUUGAAGGGAAAAAAAAAUGAUAUAUACUUAUUCGAUUGUAAAUAUUAAAAAUUGGUCUUAUCCCCUUCUUUAUGUAUAAACCAAAAAUUGAAGUAGAUUUCAUAUAUUUUGAGCUAUGCAAAAGAAGUUUAUAAUUGUUGCAAUACCAUGUAUUGAAAAAUAUUUUUAGUAUAUAAGUGAAGUUCUGCUAUGGA